AUGCCUCGGAUGCCUGUGCACCGCUUCCUCGCUGUUGCGACGGUAGCUUUUCUCCUCAUUUUAUCUUACUACCACGAGAACGUUUCCCAGACCAUCGUACCUGCAUUCAAGGAAACGCCAAAAGAAGAAAAUGCAGCACCACCAGAAAAGUCACAAGCAACUGCAAAACAAGUUGCUCAAACUCAUGAAACAAAGCAAGCUCAAAUUGCACCGGUAGAAUUGAAUAUUACUGAUGUUGACGACGCUGCCUUUUUACGAGAUGUAUUGGCGAAGAACAAUGUUGAGAUGGAGAUCAACUACGUGAUGAGAACUAUACGAUAUGUUACAGAUGCGAAGGAAAGACCAAUGUUGACGAAUACCAGCCAAGAAUUGUUUCCUCAUGGGUGGAAGAAGAUUAAGCUCUCAGAUGUUGAGAGGCUACCAGCGGAUACAUUAGAGCCUUUGGAAAUUCACGUCAUGAAAACUCCACGACCAGACGAAAUUGACGCUUCCGAGUUAUUGUUUGGAGUUUCAACCACCUACAAGAGAUUCAGUGACAAAGUUGAUGGGCCAGUCAAGGAAUGGGUACGAUGGCUCACAGAUGGAAAUGGCACAUCGAACGGAGCUGGACUUGUCUUACAAUUGCACGAUACCACCGAAGAGCAAUUGGCAGCUGCUCAAAAAUUGCUCACUGAUGUUGGAAUUGAUGCAACGGUCAUCCACUCGGAUCCUUCUCUCGAUAUGCCGGGUAGAUAUGUUGAUCUGGUACCAAUUCUUUACAGCCAUCCAUCAAGAUCAAGCAGAAAAUACUUGUCGUUGAUUGAUGACGAUACUUUCUUUCCCUCGCUUGGCGCAUUGAUGAAGGAAUUGCACAGUUAUGAUCCUAACGAGGAGUAUUAUAUCGGUACUCUCACCGAGCGGGUGGAUUUUAUUAUGCAUGAUCGUGUUCCCAUGGCUUACGGUGGAGCUGGUGUUUUUAUUACUGCCCCUCUCGCACACACUUUGAUUGGACUCCCCUGUCUCGACGUGGAUCCUUCUACAGGCGAAUACACCGAAUCUGGGUUCCAGGGCGAUCGACUCCUCUACCACUGUAUCAAGAACCACACUUCAAUUACUCUGAACUACCUCCCCAGACUCAAUCAACUCGAUCAAUGGGGUGACCCAUCCGGUUUCUACGAAGCUGGUCAUCAGCCCCUCUCUUUACAUCAUUACAAAUCUUGGCAUCAUGCUACUCCCGAGAUAUCUCACAUUGUUGCAGAUGCCUGUGGUGAAGCAUGCGUUUUCCAAAGAUUCGGUUUCGACGGAAAGGGAUCGUCAAAGUGGGUUCUCACAAACGGAUACUCUCUCGCCGAAUAUCCCACUGGUAUUCAUUGGGACAUGUCGAAGAUGGAAGGAACAUUCGAUCUGGGCGACUCAGAUAUGUGGGCUUCUGGAAAGGAAGAUGUGCGAUUAGCUUUUGCUUAUGGCGCUCUUCGUGAGGGAUUGAGUUAUACGGGCAAGAAGCGAGCGUGGGAGGCGCUUGGCGGAAGGAAAAGAGCAGACGGUGUGGUGGAUAUGGUUUAUGUCAAGAGGAGGGGUGACCAUAGGUGGGUUGGUCAACAUGAGAAUGAAGAAGAUAGGGAAAACGUUGUGGUUUUGAGAUUUAUGCCAUGA